AUGGUGGAGGGUGAUGCAGGCAUUGAGGGUGAUGAUUCAGGCAUUGGAGGCAGUGAUGCAGGUGUGGUGGACUGUGAUGCAGAACCUGGGGCCAACGUAGGUGUGGACGAGCCUCUGAACGUUAUUGAUCCCAGUUUGAUGGAUCUAAAUGGUCCAAGUGAAGAUGCAUUAGAAUGGGAUGAAACUGAUAUAAGUAAUAAGCUGAUCAGUAUUCACGAAGACUUACAUGAUCCUGAUCAGGAACUCAAGAAGGAUGAUCUAAGCCAGAAAUCUACUUCAGGAGAAGGUGCUGAUAACAAUGUGAAUGAAGACAAAAGUUCCAGUGAUUGUGGAAGUCCUCUCUAUUGUCCCAGCAUUACUUCCCCUCCAAAUCCUCACAUCUACCAUGUCUACAGUCUCCAUCAUAUUGAAUUAUCAGAAAAAAGCCACAUGCCUUUUUUGAAAAAAACAUCCAAACUCUCCAAUGUAACCCAGUCUAACAUUUUAAACAAAAGUCUUAGUAAAGACUCAUCAUUUUCAUCUACCAAAUCCCUGCCAGAUCUAAUAGGGGGGACCACAUUGGCAAAACCAUGUAACUGUAUGUAUCAGAGUGGAAACAUAAGCAGGCGUUCUGAGAGUGAGAGUGGGAUAGUGAGUGAAUGCGAUAUGGAAACUACAAAUAAUUCAGAAUUCUUUUUGCUAAAUGAAGUUGAGAGCAUUCAGAGUAAUCCUGAAAUUGAGCAUGCAGAAACUCAAGUGGAUGAUAUAGUCAAUGUAAUAAAACAAAAAAUUAAGCAAGAUGAAGAAGACCAUGCUAGUCUCUCAGAUGAUUUCCAGUUGGCACCUUCUGCAUGUUGUGGAAGUGAAAAUGAUGAGGAUUUGGACAGCAUUACCAUGUGUAACCCUGUUUAUCUAGAUGAAUUGCAAGAAAAACAUGAUGUGUUUACUUUUUAUGAUUAUUCUUAUCUUCAAGGCUCCAAAUUCAAAUUACCAGUGAUAAUGAAACAGUCGCAAAUUGAAAAAGCACAUACAGAGGGCAGUCUGUUUCAUGACUUUUGUUUUGAUAAAAUACCUGGUAAAUCUGAACAUAAGCCUGGAGAGACACAACCAGAUGGGUUUAUUCAUGACCAUACUCUUGCAAGUAUCCCUGGAGAAUCAGAUUUCAAUUCCUGUAAAUCUGCAGAAACUGUAAGAAAAUUAACUGUUACAGAAAAUACAAGACAGGUUCCAACUUUAUCUCAUAGUUCUUCAUUAGAAUCCCUGUCUGUAGUAGGUGAUUUGUUCAGCUCAGGUACUUUUAAAAGUGCAGAUGGUCUUCAGCGAAGCACCUCUUUGGAGAGCUGGCUGACUUCCCACAAAAGCAAUGAAGAUCUUUUUAGUCACCAUGGAUCAGGAGACAUAAGUGCAAGCAGUGAUUCUGUUGGAGAGCUCAGCAAAAGGACAUUAGAUCUUUUGAAUCGCUUAGAGAAUAUCCAGAGUCCUUUAGAUCAAAAGAUAAAGCGCAGCAUGUCUGAUAUAACACUCCAAAGUAACUCUCAAAAAAUGUCUUUUAUGGGACAGCUGUCUCUAGAUAUUGCAUCCUCAGUCAACGAAGACUCAGCAGCUUCUCUUACUGAACUCAGCAGCAGUGAAGAUCUUUCCCUCUGCUCUGAAGACAAUGUACUGCACAGAAAUAAAAUACCAGAUUCAAAUGCAUCAUUUAGAAAACAUCUUAAUAGAUCAGUAGCUGAUGAGAGUGAUGUCAAUGUCAGCAUGAUUGUUAAUGUCUCCUGCACUUCUGCUUGUACUGAUGAUGAAGAUGACAGUGAUUUGCUUUCAAGUUCCACCCUUACCUUAACUGAGGAAGAGCUAGGUAUCAAAGAUGAAGAUGAUGACUCCAGUAUAGCAACUGAUGAAGAUAUUUAUGAAGAAUGCAAUUUAAUUUCAGGACUUGAUUAUAUAAAAAAUGAACUCCAAACUUGGAUUAGACCGAAAUUUUCUUUGACAAGGGAGAAGAGAAAAAGUAACCUCAGUGAUGAAAUUCAGCGCAGUAAAGAAGUUAGCAAUGACACAUCGAAAGCCACAGAUACAUUGAGCAUUGAAACACUUUUGAAUGGUUCAGUAGAGAAAACAUCAGAAAAUAAUGGCAAUAGUAAGAAUGUAUCAUGUGAUCGUGAAAAAGGGACAAAGAGUCAUCUGAUGAAAGAUAUCUCUCAGGUUGUGAAGGAUCAGCUUGUGGAUGAUAUGGAGAAUGGCAAUGUUGAAAACACUCUUGGCAGUCAAAAGGAAGGUCUUGUUAGAACAUCAGCAAGUCCCAAAACUCUUGCAUCACUUGAUGUUAAAGAAGCUGAAAAUGAAUGUUGUGUCUGUGAAGCAUUUGCAGACACUUCAGACAAUUCACAUAUGAGUGUCAAGGAGACUGUUCUGUCAUCAGAUGGAUACAGAAACCCUCCAAAAGAAUGUCAAAGUCAUCUUCAGCCUGAUUGUCACUCUGUUACUUCCUCUCCUGCUAAAAAGCCUUGUCUAGAAUUUUCCUCAGAAAUUAAAUGUGUAGACAUACAAGAUACAACUUUACAAUCAACCUUACCUAAUGAUCAACAAUAUAGAAUAAUCAUUACUGAAAAAUCUACUGAUUGCUGUACAGCCUUGAAAUCCAGUGAAGUGGAAUGCAACAACUCAGCCAAUGGUUCUGAUUUGUAUUGUCACUGUGAAUCUGCUGCUUUAAAUAAAAGAAAUGUGGAAGAUGGCUCAGUACACAAUUUUGUGAGGGAGAUAAUAGACAUGGCAUCAACAGCUUUGAAAAGUAAAUCACAACCUGAAUGUGAGUCAUCUGGUCCAGCUUCAUUAGCACAGAUCAAGGAAAAAGUGUUAGAGCAUUCUCACAGACCCAUUCAGCUAAGAAAAGGGGACUUCUAUUCCUAUCUUUCACUUUCGUCUCAUGAUAGUGACUGUGGAGAAUUAAUCAAAUACAUAGAGGAAAAGAGCAGCACUCCUGUGCAACUGGACUUCACAGAUGAGAGAGAAAAUACUGAAUACUUUUUUGAAGCCUGUCCUGAGGAAGAAUUUUCCAAUGGUACUCCUGAAGCAGGAGUUGAGCAGCAUCAACUUAUUGCUAGCCCUAUUCUUGCAACAUCUCCAGAGUCAUUAUGUGAAGUGACUCUAGAAUUAUUUGAAGAAGUUAAAACUUCAUCUGAAGGUAGGGAUUUAUCUUUCUUAUGUGAUGAUGACAAUGAUACAAACAUCCCAAAUCUUAACAAACCAAACGCAUCAAACAAUUUGAAAAAUGGUGAUGAUGACUUGCUGAUUUCAGAUGGACAAACUGAAGGUGUGGAAAAGAAUUCUCCAGAGCUUAGCACUAGAAAGAGUAGUACAGAAAAAUCAAGUGGAACUGAAGAGCCCAAAGGAUGUGUUGCUGUUUCUGAAGAGGCUUCAGCUAUAGAGUUUCAGUUAAAGCCUGACCAUUCAGUGAAAAAGGAUGUUUUUCAACAGAACAGCAAAACUCUUACUUGUGAAGAAAAUCUCCUGAAUCUUCAUAAGGAAAGACAUAUAAAUAUGCACAGAUAGAAUGUAACUCUCUCCAGGCACUUACAUUAUCCUAAGAACAGACACUUGGCUGCAAUUCAGGUGCAGGUUCAUCCUGUAAACCCUGGGAUGACCUCCAAUUCCAUUGUAUCACUGCCUUUCAUUACACUGACUCCCAAGAUAAAUUUUCUUUCCAAAUGUGAUUUGUUCAUGUUGGCUCUGUGGUCAGGCUGCAUAUGCUAGUCCUAUUUCAGUGAUCAUUUUGUAUUGUAGUAAGGCCAUUUGCUUUCUUAUGGAUUCCUCUCCCAAGCUACCUCUAAUGAACUCCCUUUCCUAAACUGGAUGCUCCUGUAAUACUUAUCACUGGUUCUGUUCUUUAAGUUUUGAAGUUCCACAGAAUUCAUGAUCAGCCUGGUUCAUCUUUUCAGAACAGUGCCUGUUAGUACUCUUUUGUUUUAUGUAUUAAAUUUAAUAAUUAUGUGUAUAAUGCAUAAGUUUAUUGAAACUAUUUUACUUUUAAAGCAACAAUUUUAUUGGAUUGCAGGAAAAAGCAAUUAGCCCUCCUGAUUCAGUACAUCUAAAAUUAAGCAAUUAAAAUAAAU